GCAGGAGACUCUUCAGAGAAGGAAAGUUGCAGCUCGCUAUCGCCCAGGGGGUCUCCCGGCUGUGUCCAAGCGCCGCCAUCCCUCUUCAGCUACGGCACUUUGGAGAUCUUCGCCGGAACCGUCCUUCACUUCAGUUGAAUUGUUUGCGUCCCGAACUCCCCAUCUAUGACGAUGCUCCUGGACGGAGGCCCACAGUUUCCCGGGCUGGGAGUGGGCAGCUUUGGCGCGCCGCGCCACCACGACAUGCCCAACCGCGAACCGGCGGGCAUGGGGCUGAAUCCCUUCGGGGAUUCGAGCCACGCGGCGGCCGCCGCUGCUGCGGCCGCUGCCUUCAAGCUGAGCCCAGCCGCGGCUCACGAUCUGUCUUCGGGCCAGAGCUCGGCUUUCACGCCGCAGGGUUCAGGCUACGCCAACGCCCUGAGCCACCAUCACCACCACCAUCACCAUCAUCACGCCAGCCAGGUGCCCACCUACGGCGGCUCGGCCUCCGCCGCCUUCAACUCCACGCGCGACUUUCUCUUCCGCCAGCGGGGCUCCGGGCUCAGCGAGGCCGCCUCGGGGGGCGGGCAGCACGGGCUCUUUGCCGGCUCGGCCAGCAGUCUCCAUGCUCCAGCUGGGAUUCCCGAGCCUCCGGGCUACUUGCUCUUUCCCGGGCUUCAUGAGCAGGGCGCUGGGCACCCGUCGCCCACGGGGCACGUGGACAACAACCAAGUCCAUCUGGGGCUGCGCGGGGAGCUGUUCGGCCGCGCGGACCCGUACCGCCCGGUGGCCAGCCCGCGCACGGACCCCUACGCCGCCGGCGCGCAGUUCCCCAACUACAGCCCCAUGAACAUGAACAUGGGCGUGAACGUGGCGGCCCACCACGGCCCGGGCGCCUUCUUCCGUUACAUGCGGCAGCCCAUCAAGCAGGAACUGUCCUGCAAGUGGAUCGACGAAGCGCAGAUGAGCCGGCCCAAGAAGAGCUGUGAUCGGACCUUCAGCACCAUGCACGAAUUGGUGACUCAUGUCACCAUGGAGCAUGUGGGGGGCCCGGAGCAAAACAACCACGUCUGUUAUUGGGAGGAGUGCCCCCGCGAGGGCAAGUCCUUCAAAGCGAAGUACAAACUGGUCAACCAUAUCCGAGUGCACACGGGCGAGAAGCCCUUCCCAUGCCCCUUCCCAGGCUGCGGCAAGAUAUUUGCUCGCUCUGAGAACCUCAAGAUCCACAAGAGGACUCACACAGGUGAGAAACCUUUCAAAUGCGAAUUCGAAGGCUGUGACAGACGCUUUGCCAACAGCAGCGACCGCAAGAAGCACAUGCAUGUGCAUACCUCGGAUAAGCCCUAUAUCUGCAAAGUGUGCGACAAGUCCUACACGCACCCCAGUUCCCUGCGCAAACACAUGAAGUGUUGUCCUGCUUGGUAUCCGGGACAGUCUGUAAUUCCUGAUGAAGAACUUGACACUGACGUUCGUAUGCAGCAACCAGCCCUCCAUAACACUACCUAUCCUAAAUGCAGGGCUAAUGCCGAACCUACUGUGCAAGAAAUGAUUUACUGAUGAGGUUUCAAAGAAAACCACAUCAAUUUGGAUGUCUGUUACCUUUGAAGUGAUCAUUUUUAAGAGUAGUAGCUUCUUCCCUAGAUAUGAAAAGACUAUUUUCUUCUUUUUCGUGUAUUUCAUUCUGUGUUGAGCAAUCAUUUGUGAGAUGGAAAAGCAAAAAACCUUCCCUCCUCCAAUUUAGGAUUUUUAAGUGGGAACAUGAAGUCUGGCCUAAUUCAUAAUCCAGUAUGCAUUAUCUCAUGCACUGUUGCCAGUCUUUUUCAAGUGUCUGCAUUCCACACAGAAACACGAUUACUUGUUAGUUUGAUAUUUGUGCUCCAGAGGCAAUACCCAGGAUGCCUACAAUUGUAGUUUGACAUAAAUAAAGCCAUUUAAA